UCACACACGCGAAAAACGCACAUUCUUGAAAAGAACUCUAUUCACCCCCCAUCUAGAGUUGCACAUUUGUCUAAUAAUUGGUAUCAGAGCAGGAAGUUCUUCGAAUACGUUAUUUUUCAGGAACUAAAAGAUCAAAUGGCAUCAAGGAUGUUCAACGCAGGAGUGACCGAGGGACAAUCAACCACGAGGCCACCUUUGUUCGAUGGAACAAACUACUCGUAUUGGAAGGAGAGGAUGAGAAUCUUUAUCCAAUCCAACGACUACAAGCUGUGGUUGAUUGUGAAGAACGGCUGCGGAGUCCCGAUGAAGAAAGUCGGUGAAGUCAACGUUCCCAAAACCGAAGAGGAGUUCACCGACGAAGAUUGCAAAAAGAUGGAGCUCAACGCAAAGGCAAUAAACAUGAUUUAUUGCGGUGUCAACGCGGAUGACUACCGCAAAAUCUCGCGGUGUGAAACCGCAAAACAAAUGUGGGAGAAAUUGAAGGUCACCUACGAAGGAACCGCGCAGGUUCGGGAGGCCAAAAUCGACCAUCUCACUCACGAGUAUGAACUCUUUUCAAUGAAGGAAAAUGAGAAGAUUGAAGAAAUGUUUGAGAGAUUCUCUAACAUCAUCAAUCCUCUCAAUCUUCUCGGGAAAACAUACACCAACCGAGAGCUCGUGAGAAAGGUGCUGCGAAGCCUAUCCCCCAAAUGGCGUUCAAAGGUGGACGCAAUCGAAGAAGGUCGUGACUUCCAAGCAACGACCUAUGAUGCUCUUCGAGGUAAUCUUAUUACCUACGAAACCACCCAACUCUCAAAGGUGGUUGAAGAGAGGAACAAGAGGUCUAUUGCUCUACCUGCAACAACAUCAACCCACAACAACGUUGAUGAUGAAGAUGAUGACAGCGACGACAACGACCUCGGACUCUUUGUCCGAAAAUUCAAGAAGAUGAUGCUCAAGAAGGGAGCCAAGAAGAACACUCCACCCAAAUGCUAUGGGUGUGGUGAAAUUGGACACAUCAAACCAAUGUGUCCGAAGCUCAAGAACGAGAAGGACAAGAGGGCACCGAAGAAGCAAAGUGCCUACAUCUCUUGGGAGAACGACGGCUCCGGGAGUGAAGACUCAGAAACGGAGGAAGUGGCCAACUUAUGUCUCAUGGCCAUUGAAGAUGGUGAUACAUCAAAAGAGGUAAGUGAUCAAGAACCUUCUCCCAAUGAUCCUUUAACUCUUAAUGAUGUUGUUUGCAUUGUAGAAGAUUUGGUUCUUAUGAUGAUGAAGAAGAAAUCGUUAAGGAAAAAGAACCGGAAGAAGAGAAAACGCAGGAACAAACGGAGCUUCCUAAGGAGUGGAGAACAUUAAAGAACCACCCGAUUGACAAUGUCAUUGGUGACAUAACGAAGGGAGUUUCUACUCGUAAUUCUCUUAGGAACACAAUUAAUCACAUGGCCUUUG